AGAGGGCGCAGCAGCGAGGAAGAUUAGAGCGGAAAGCGCGACGAAGCGAGACGUCGAUCGCCUGCGAUGACACCGGCCUCACCCGCCGCCGACACCGUCAUCGCUGCCGCCGUAGCCACCGUCCGGACCGACGAGCACCGCACGGCGCAGAGCGCCACCGUCCCCGCCUACGCCGUCUGGGAGAAGGAGCGGUAAUUAAGAGGUCUGCUUGCCAUGGAGGUGGAGGCGGCGAGGUGCGAGUGUUGCGGGUUCACGGAGGAGUGCACGCCGCGGUACAUCGCGGCGGUGCGGGAGGAGUACCUGGGCCGGUGGAUCUGCGGCCUCUGCGCGGAGGCGGUAGGCGACGAGAUCCGCCGCGCGGGAGCCGGGGAGAUCACCACGGCGGAGGCGCUCGACCGCCACGUCGCGUUCGCGCGCGCCGCGCCGCGGGCGCCCGCGAGGCCCGCGGAGGACGACCUCGUCGCCGCCGUCGCGAGGCUGCUCCGCCGCUGCCUCGACUCGCCGCCGGCGUCCCCCGCCGCGCCGCCGCAGGGCCGCAAGGUUGCCGCCGGGUCCGGACAGGACGAUUGAUCACCAGCCGCCGGCGGCGAAGCUUCUCGAAGCAGCUGCUCUGGUUUGCUGCUGGUGCCAACGAUUGGGGUGUUGAUCAAGCUCGCUAAUGGCGAGUUAUCAUUGAAUUAAACUAAAUAUUUUGAAGAAUAAACAUGGGAGCAUGUGUAGAUUGGCUCUCAAAGAACAACAAUAAUAAUAAUCUGUGACCCAAUUCAUGAUUGCUCGAGAGAGGAGUAUGAUCAAGCUCCGUGUGAUCGAGCAUGAGGUCUUUGUGUAGCAUUGCAACUGUGUACAUUAGUGAAGGCUUCAUGUGGAUAUUGUAGGCAUCUUGUAAAAACAUUUGCAUUAGAGUCAUUAUGGUUUCUUUGUACAAUGUUUUCGUGUGGGGGUAUGUAAUGAUAGUUGAUUAAUAAGAGUCUAUGUUUAUGUA